UCCCCACGAUGUCCAGUGAUAGGCAGAGGUCAGACGAUGAAAGUCCAAGUACCAGCAGUGGUAGUUCAGAUGCCGAUCAGAGGGAUCCACCUGCACCUGAACCCGAAGAGCAAGAAGAGCGAAAACCCUCUGCCACCCAGCAGAAGAAGAACACCAAACUGUCCAGCAAAACUACUGCUAAGCUAUCCACUAGUGCUAAAAGAAUCCAGAAGGAGCUAGCUGAAAUAACCCUUGAUCCUCCUCCUAACUGCAGUGCCGGUCCUAAAGGAGAUAACAUUUAUGAAUGGAGAUCUACUAUACUUGGACCUCCAGGUUCUGUAUAUGAAGGAGGCGUUUUUUUCCUGGAUAUCACAUUUUCAUCUGACUAUCCAUUCAAGCCACCAAAGGUUACUUUCCGUACCAGAAUUUAUCACUGCAACAUCAACAGUCAGGGAGUUAUCUGUCUGGAUAUCCUGAAAGACAACUGGAGCCCUGCUUUGACUAUUUCAAAGGUUCUGCUGUCUAUUUGUUCUCUUCUGACAGACUGCAACCCAGCUGACCCUCUGGUUGGAAGCAUAGCCACUCAGUACCUGACCAACAGAGCAGAACAUGACAGGAUAGCCAGACAGUGGACCAAGAGAUACGCAACAUAAAUGACAAACUACUUGUACAGUGUGAAGGUGCAGAAGGCAACUUUGCAGUGUGCAACAAAUCUUUAUAGCCUUUACAAUACGGACUUCUGUGUAUAUGUUAUACUGAUUCUACUCUGCUUUUAUCCUUUUGAAGACUGGGAUACUGCCCCCCAAAAAGGUAAAUGCUAUCAAGAGUAGAAAUUUGUAGCUGUAGAUUAGUUAUGUUUAAAAUGCCUACUUGCAAGUCUUGCUUCUUUGGGAUAUCAAAAUGUAUUUUGUGAUGUACUAAGGAUACUGUUCCUGAAGUCAACCAAAUAUUAUAGUGCAUUUUAGCCUAAUUCAUUAUCUGUAUGAAGUUAUUAAAGGUAGCUGUAGAUUACUAGGAAUUAUGUCAUUUGUAUUAAACCCAGAUCUAUUUCCAAUAUGUGGUACAUGCUGUUGUGAAAACUGUUUUAACUUUUACCUUUGUCAGUUUGUAAUGAAAGGAUUUCCUUUUUCCCUUUGUAGCUCAGAGAGCACCCAGUGUAUCAUCUCAAACACAAUAAACAUGUUCCCCAAGGAGUAGUUUCUUUGUUUUCCUAUUUUAAAUUAAUAUUUGAAUAAAUUUAAUUAUAGUAACAAGGCAGGGCCAAUGUAUCACAGAUCCCUGUGGAUAAUCUUUAAAUUAAUAUACAUAAGCAAAGGCUUGCUAUUAAAUGCUUAAUGCAUACCUGUGGAUUGUUUAAGUUUUCCCUGUUUUCUUUUUAACAGAACAAAUGUCAUUUCUACAAUUUCCUUAAAUUGAAUACUGUUCAGCUCUUUCUCAAGUUGGAAUGAGAGCAUUGCACAUGCUCAUUCCAGAAGUUAAUGUAGCCGGUUGCUUCAGGGCCAGUCCUGCUCCCCGAACAGACUGCCUGAGUCUUGCUACAAAUUUUUUUUGCAGGACGAGGGCCAAGUUAGAGAUAGUCUGGUGCUUUUGUUUCCAAGUAAAGCAAGUCGGACUUGCUGAUCUAGAGAACUACAGUUAGCCAUUGAAAAUGGUCUUCCAACGCAUGAUUGAACAUGAUAUCAUCUGUCCAGAAAACAGAGGAUUAGAAUAAAUUUUAUCAGAUUUUUAUGACGCAAAAACAGUUGCAGGGUUGGGGGGGGAAUGAACCUUUGUUAGUGAAAAAGAAAUCUGUAAACCUGUUGAACUACGGUCCCCC